AAAAUUGAAGCUGAGAGAGAUGGCGGGUGUUGUUGAGCUGUGAAAGUUGAGCUUCGAUUAUGGUCUCCGGAGUGUGGAGCUGAACUGCACUUAUUUGUCUGACCCAGCCUCUUCUCCUGUCCUCUACGUCGUUCUGCGCGUGCGCUCGUUAGAUUAUGUUGUUUGUUUGUGAUUCUCUAAAUGUAGGGGUUGGAUUCGUCGAGCAGGUUGUGACAUUGAGUUGGAUUUUUUGAUGUGGCUUCGAGUGUUUGCGGUGUUGCGGAUUGAGCAGUCAAGCUAGGUAGAUGAUGAGAGCGGGGAAGGUUUGAAGAUGACGAGCUUGGAGAAGCUGAUGCUGAUUAGGAUAUUGGAAGUGGAUGCUUUGUGAACUUAGGAUUCGAGGCUGGUUGGGUUGAGAACUUUGUGGUGCGUAUGCAGACGGUAGUUGAUUGGGAAGACGCGAACGUGUGUCGAUGGGAUGUUUGUGAAUCGGGUGAGAUCAUGUGUGCGACACGCUGAGCGCGUGCCGUGCGCAGUGUGGCUCGUUGUUUGAGGUCGGUCGGUCGUUGUUGGAGGUUUUGGGCUGUGAAUUUGUUGUAGAAUAGUGGGUGAAGGUGAGUGAGAGGGCAUGAGGAGUUCACGGGGUGCCUCGAGGCCUCAGAGGCAUGCCACAGUUGGAGUGACCUACAGGGAGAGCGAUGACGAUGACGGCAGAUUCGCCCUCGAUGCAAGACUAUCCUUGGAUGUUGACAGCAGGAGCCUAAGAAGUAGUGCACCUGAGGUCGAAGGAUCAGCGAUCGUUAAGAGUCGGAGGAGUUUAACUCUAAAAAGAGCAAAAGCUGAACUUCCUAUGACUGUGGCAAAUGAUCACAUAGAUAUCGAUGCAAUAGCUGAAGCGGUGCCCCAGGAGAAGCCAGUGCAGCCUCCCGAUUAUCGACACCAUUUCCUGCAGGGACUGGAGUCCUGCAGAGUUGCUGUGAAUGUGCCCAAUUCAGAGAGAGAUAACAGCGUAUUUGGAUAUUUACUGGAAGCCAUCAGCGGCCCAACUGGUGAUGGUGAUGAAGGAAGUGUUUCCGUAGUCCAUCAGUCCGAUGCACUAAAAUCAAGCCGUCAGCACGCAAGAACAGAGCAGGAGGAAGGAACUACUUCGGCUGCCUACGGUCCCGAACUUCUUGAAGCUUAUUCCGUCUUUGAACGUACUCUUAAUGCUGUUAAAGUAGUGCAGAGAGGGGACAUAAAAUCACCAAACACAUCGACAGCAUUGCCACAUUCUUCUGAUGAGGCAAUCAGGCUAGCCAGUUCAAGCACAGACAAAUCGAUGAAGUAUAUGGUGGAAACUGAAACGGCUAGGAACGGUGUACAGAAUUGUAUGCCUUCUGCAGAUGAAAACAUUGAUAAGGUUAAGGAAGACAAACAAGUUGACCUAUGUUCUGACGGUGGAAAGACGUACUGCAAGAGGGGUAAUAACGACGAGCAGCAUAACAUGUCCGCAGAUCAGGAAAAAGACAGAAAAAAGGGCGAAGAAGAUGGCCAGUAUAACAUGUCUUUUCCACGUGAGGGAGAUGAAGACGCUGAGACUUCUUGGAAUGAAAUUUCAGACGCUCCAGAGUCUGGAAUUCAGAGGUCUAUGAAAGAGAAGAAGAAAACUCUAAGUCCAGUCAAGAAACAGAGCCAACAAUCCAAGACCAUCGCAAAGAAGACUAAGGUUCUGAAAGAGGAUGUGAAUACGGCAGGACUUGUCCAUGAGCCCGUAAAGUCGACCAGCGUUCUACCACUGCUUCCUAAGAAGAAGCCUGCUACUUGGGUUGGCAACAAAACUUUUGUCUCUCCAGUUCCUGCACCUUUGAAUUCGCCUUCAUCAACUGUCCCACAUAGACGAGUAGUGGGACUUUCUCGGCGUCAUCGACCUCCACCACUGCACCCUUAUCUAUUGGGAUCAUAAAGGCUGGAGAUGCCUCUUUCAGAAAUAUUGAAGCAAGUCCUGGUCUGUGCCUCCUGCUAGUUAUGAGGAUAAGUUAUGGAUCAUGUAUCGAGAGUUUAUACGUGUGGGGAGGUAGAGCAACAAAGUGGCUCCACUCAAUCACUCCACCGCUGCACUACUCUAAAUCGGACCCUUGACGUACUGCUGAUGUCUCACUUCUGGCGUGCCUGAGGUACACAUGGAGGGUGCGUUGUGAAGACAUUUACUUUAUUUGGGUCAAUUUUUUUUAGGGCGGGACGGUCCCUACAAAAGAACCAACCCUGUAACAUAUCUUGAAAUAUAUUUGAUCACUGCAUUGCAGUGCCCAUCUCUACCCUGUACUAAAGUACCCUACUAAUUCUCAACUGGAAAAGUUCUUCA